UCUAGGGUUUUCGUUAGAACGGCGAAAAGAUGUUCGGUAGAGGACCCUCGAAGAAGAGCGACAACACUAAGUUCUACGAGAUCUUAGGUGUUCCUAAGAGCGCAUCACCAGAAGAUCUCAAGAAAGCUUACAAAAAAGCCGCUAUCAAGAACCAUCCUGAUAAGGGUGGAGAUCCCGAGAAGUUCAAAGAGUUAGCACAAGCUUAUGAAGUUCUUAGUGACCCGGAGAAGCGUGAGAUUUAUGACCAGUAUGGAGAGGAUGCACUCAAGGAAGGAAUGGGUGGUGGAGGAGGUGGACAUGAUCCAUUUGAUAUUUUCUCAUCCUUCUUUGGUAGAAGCCCCUUUGGAGAUGGUGGUAGCAGCCGGGGAAGGAGGCAGAGGCGUGGUGAGGAUGUUGUUCAUCCUUUGAAGGUUUCUCUUGAGGAUGUUUACCUUGGAACAAUGAAGAAGCUCUCACUUUCUAGGAAUGCUCUCUGCUCAAAGUGUAACGGAAAGGGGUCAAAAUCUGGAGCCUCCAUGAAAUGUGGUGGAUGUCAAGGUUCUGGUAUGAAGGUGUCAAUUAGGCAGCUCGGACCUGGAAUGAUCCAGCAGAUGCAGCAUGCAUGUAAUGAAUGCAAAGGAACAGGUGAGACCAUCAAUGAUCGCGACAGAUGUCCGCAAUGCAAAGGAGACAAGGUGAUUCCUGAGAAGAAGGUGCUUGAAGUGAAUGUGGAGAAGGGAAUGCAACACAGUCAGAAGAUCACAUUCGAAGGACAAGCAGAUGAAGCGCCUGACACUGUCACUGGAGAUAUAGUGUUUGUCCUUCAGCAGAAAGAGCACCCAAAGUUCAAGAGAAAGGGAGAAGACCUCUUUGUGGAGCACACACUUUCUCUAACAGAAGCUUUAUGUGGCUUUCAAUUUGUUCUGACUCACUUGGAUGGCAGAAAUCUUCUCAUUAAAUCUAAUCCUGGAGAGGUCGUGAAACCUGAUUCAUACAAGGCAAUUAGCGAUGAAGGAAUGCCGAUAUACCAGAGGCCAUUCAUGAAGGGUAAGCUCUACAUCCACUUCACAGUGGAGUUCCCAGACUCGCUGAGCCCUGAUCAAACCAAAGCACUGGAAGCUGUGCUGCCUAAACCCUCAACAACUCAAUUGAGUGACAUGGAGAUAGAUGAAUGCGAGGAGACCACGCUCCACGAUGUCAACAUUGAGGAUGAAAUGAGGAGGAAAGCACAAGCUCAAAGAGAGGCUUACGAUGAUGACGAUGAAGAUGAUGACCAUCCAGGUGGUGCUCAAAGGGUGCAAUGUGCUCAGCAUGUAUUGGAGUCUUAUGGGAGUUUGGUACGGUUUAAGAAUUUGCCCACUUCGUCUCUGCUUCUCCUCCUCUUAUCACUCUUCUUCUUACCUGCUUUACACGCAACUUCUUUCUCCUACUGCGAUAAGCGGCUCGAUCCCGUUAAGGUCACGGGUGUGAAGAUCUCUCCUGACCCUGUUGUGAGUGGUGAAGCGGCAACAUUUAAGAUUUUGGGUUCUACUGGCGAAGACAUCUCUGGAGGAAAAGUAGUGAUCAGGGUUUCAUACUUUGGGAUUCCUGUCCAUACCGAAACUCAUGACCUCUGCGAGGAGACGGCCUGUCCGAUUGCACCAGGCAGCUUUGUGCUUUCUCAUUCCCAAACACUCCCCUCAAUUACACCACCUGGCACUUACACGCUUAAGAUGACAAUCAACGAUAAGAAUGGCGGAAGACUAACCUGCAUCAGCUUCAAAUUCAAGAUUGCAUUAGGUUCCGCGGUCUUUGCUAGUUAAGUUUUAUGGUGUAAAUUGUGUCUUUGUGAAUCUCUCUCUCUCUCGUUCACUUUUGUGGUGUCCAAAUAAAGAAUGCUCUUUUGAGACUUGAGAUGAUCUACAUGAAACAGAGUCACAGACCAAUCUCUCUACCGUUUCCACUGCACAAGUUAGCAGUCAUCAAUAUACUAAUCAAGUUAAA